CGGCAGGCAUGGCGGCGCUGCACGGCGCUCCGCUGCUGGGGCUGCGCGGCCUCCUGCGGCACUGCUGGGGCCGGCUGCUGCGCGGCGUGGGGGCACGCGCGCCGCAGUGGGGGCCAGCACUAGCUGUCCAAGGUCCUGCUUGUCUCCCAGAGCCAGCAGAAGACCCCAGAGAAGGCAGUGAGGUGCCAGGCCUCUUGGGCAGCAUCUUGUGGAUGGCAGCGCCCAAGAAAAGGCGUACCAUUGAAGUGAACCGCUGCCGGCGGAGAAAUCCUACAAAUCUCAUAAAAAUAAAGAGAAACAUAGAUGUUUGUCCUGAGUGUGGAAACUUGAAAGAGAAGCAUGUCCUGUGUGGCUAUUGUUAUGCACAGGUCAAAGCAGAAACUCGGCAGAUACGGAAGGAAAUGGGUAAAAAGGAAGGAGGACCAUUUAAUGCUCCUACUGUAGAGACUGUAGUCUUAUACGAGGGAGAAAACCCCACAGAAAAAGACGAAGGCAAGCGGAUCGUUGAAAGAGCCAGGAAGCGUCCGUUGUGGUUUACUCAAAAUUAACAGUGAGAAAGCUCGAGUUUUUCAAGAAUGUUUUCCUUGUUUAAUCAAUGCCGAUACAAAAAAAUGUAUGAACUUUUGGCAAGUCUGCUCAAAUCACGUUUUAUGUCGCACGGUGUUGCUUCUAUAGCAUGCAGUGGGAAAUACUUCUCAGUGAUACACCAUAACAGUCAACAACUAAAGAGAAGCCAGGACCUAUCUUGGAUUUGGAUAUCUGCAUACAGUACAGUGACUAUUUUGUAUGUUAAUAUACGCUGGUUUUGUAAGUAACUUUUUUUUUUUCUAACAAAGGAAAAACAUUCAUGGAUGUAAAAUAAAGUAUAUAAAGUUUCCUAGAGAAAUCUGCUUUCUGGUUUUGGCUCCUGGUCUUAAAAAAUCAACAACAACAAAAAACACUUUUAAACCAAUGCUGGUUACAGACAAAAGAUAUUUCUGAGGAAAAGGGCAGUUACCCGGUAAUUUCCAUGUCUUGUAAUAGAGUCUGCGUAGAUCUCUCCACAAUGCUGCUGUUUGAGAUUCUCAUUGUUAUUUCUGUUUUUGAGUAAAACAACGGUUUACAAGUGUUCUUUGCUCUUUUGGUACCACACUGAACGUUAUUUAUUCUCUCUGUUGUCAGGAUACCAAGUAAUCUAUUUUAAAGAAAGACAGCCAUGCUCUCCCCACCUCCCCCACUGUGAUUCUUUGAGUGAAGUAGCAAACUGAGAUCUAAUGACUGGCAAUCUGUAAGUUUUAUGAAGGUCAAAGCUGAUCAUUUGCGGCCGUUCCCAGUAACGUGUGUGGAAAACUGCAAAGAACAGCAUGACUUCCUGUCCUGUGUCCUCUGCAGAGUGGGGAUACCUCUGCUGUCCGUGGGUACUCACUCCAGUGCUGCAGCUACAGCAGCUAGCUGUGUGUUUCCGCUUCAGCUUUAGCCAUCCAGUUGUAAACCAUUAGCAUUAGAGGUUAAGAUUAGUUUUAAUUAGUCACCUAUUUGACCCUGUACUCUUCCACUUCCCUGUUUUGGGAAUCCAUGCUGAUAAAAAAAAAUAUUCAAGGGUUUUACACGGUUUGUUUUUUUAUUGGCUCCCUGUAGCUUGUGCCAGGGUCUGAAAACUGUCAAUGUGGGGAGUAGGAAUGCAGGCGGAGAGGCAGGACCACGCUUUCCUGAAUAGCCUUCACUUGAGCAUGGCUGAGCCUAUUUAAAAUUACGCCAGGGCUAGUGUGUGCUGACAGGCUUCGCUUCUUUCCUCACUUUGUAUUCCAUGUUUUGGCAGGAAAGUAGGAACAGAUGUUAGCAGCAAUGUUAUAUGUCCUCCAUAGUCUAUCAAAAUAAUGAAUGUUGAUAAGUAUAAAUUGAGGCAAUUCAGGUGACAGUAUCCAAGCAAAAUACCUAAGUCCUUUUCUAUUUGUCCAAACAGGAUUUGUCCCAGUCCUGUCUGUUUCUCACUUCUUAGAACUUAAGUCAAUAAAAAGUGGCAAGCAGGAUGCAGAAUGGAAGGCUUGAUUUUUCCAGAGCUGGAAAGGAUAAGACUGACAUAUUGGAGGUAAGGUUAGCCAAGCUGAUACACUGCUGUUCCAAGGGAAAGGUGUGUAUGUAUUUCAGGGAGAAUGUUUUUUGUUUUGUUUACCUACAUAUCAUAGGACCAAUUACAGAGUGCUGUUUUAGUCCCUUUUUACAUAUAUAUAGUUUUUACAAUGAAUGUGGAGAAAUAAGCAAAAAUAUCUUGUAAUGUUGAGUCAUGGGUUAAUUUCUCAGACACACAGGGAUAUUAUUUACGUAUAUAUCCAAACAGGAGAGAGGACAUGGUUUCCACUAAUGCAGUAAUAAUUAUAAUUGGCAGUACAGAGCAUACGUUUAUUGACUUAGAGUAUCUGUGAAGCAGUGAAGAUGUUCUUAUGAAACAUGAGUGAAGUUAGGCUGUGCCAGCACUUAAACGUAUUAAGGUACUUGCAGGGUCACAGUUGGGUAAUGAUUCAUUUCCCAGCCAUACUGCUUAUGGUAGUAUUGCAUUUGUGCAAUCCACACAGCGUGAGUUGCUUGAUAAUGUUUCAUAGUGGUUUCUGAGUAAUGUGGGAAAAAAGUCAUUUAAAUGUCUGGUAUUCAUGGUCUCUAAAUGAAAAAAUAGACAAAUAUUGGAGAUUCAUACAUAUAUAAUUGAUGUAGUACCAAUAAAUUUUCCCAGAAAGAAAUUAUCUUCAGUGAGAGUCAGAAGAAUCUAGUUUAGUUUCAAUAUUUUUUUCUUCAAAACAGGAGGACUAAAGGAAAGACCACUUUGAUAGCGUAGCUUUACAAACACUGACAUACAAACCUCUAUUUCUCUUUUUAAAAAUCCAAAAUUCAUGUAAAAUGUGGCAUAAUAUUUUGCUUGAAAUAAACUCUGCUUAUAUGCAAUAGAAUCUUUUGCCAGAAUAUUUUUAUCAAAAUUAAGAUAUGCUAAUCUUGCUGGUAUUUUCUCAGGGUGUGUGACUCAUGUUAAACUUGUGAUCUAAAAUUUAUAGUGCUUACAUUUGCAGAUGAAAGCUGCUGUAAGGUAUUUUGAAAAAUAUAAAUUGCAAUUGUGCUAGUAUAUAUGCAGAUAUUUUCAAAACAAUGUAAACUAGAACUUAAGAAAAGCAAGCUGGAUGUUACAAAUGGUUAUUCUGGAAUCAAUUUACACUCAGAUUAAAAAUUGUCUCAUUUAGGAAUAUCACUGAAAAAAGACAUUAUUUUUUUUCUGAAAAUUUAAUAUGAUUAAAUACAUGUUAUAUGUAA